AUGGCCCAAGAUGCGCAAGAUCCAGCAUCUCAACCGACAACAGACCCCGCCGGCCACUCUUCGUCAGACACCACCCUUGAAGGUGAAUCUCGAUCGCAGGAGCCUCGCCGAGGGACUGUGACAUCUUCAACCAGUCAUUCACAGUCCUCACAGCCUUUGGCGUCUGCGGAGAACUCGGCGCAUGACCGGCCGUCGACACCGGCCGUUCGGACCUUGCCAGCAUGGAUUCGAUCUGUAGAGAUACCUGAGGAUGAGAGCGAUGCGACCACCAGGCUCCUACCCUCCGAGCUUGACGAUGCCGUCGUGGCCCAGCAUAAUCACUCGCCCUACGCAAAGCAGAAACCGUCUUUGGACCAAGCUGGACAAGAGCACGAGGAUCAGAUUGACCCCGCGACGGGAUUCCGGGUGUCCCGCUGGAUAAGAUUUGCCAGAUCUGUCGCGUAUCCUCGCACUACAAGCUCCCUGGAGGAGAAGCCGGUGACCUGGGAUUGGCUGAACGAGAACCUAGGGGACUAUUCGAAUCCUUGGAACUCGACAAAUGACGGCUCUGACGCCGAACAGGGCGUCCGGGAAACUAGAUGGCGUGCAAGGCGUCGAACUUGGAUUGGGCGUUUGCAGUCUAACUUGUUGAAGAGUCCUAUCGUUCCGCUCGUGUUCCGGCUUACGGUGUGGAUCUUCUCCUUGUGUGCGCUGGCGCUGGGGGGCUCGAUCCAUCAUCUUUCGCAGAUAUACAGUCGCCCUCAAGGUCCUUCUGCUGACAUGGCAAUCAUUGUCGAUGCUGUAGCCCUGGUCUAUUUGGUGUACAUCACCUAUGAUGAAUACACGGGGAAGCCCUUGGGGCUCCGGUCUCCCAAGGCCAAAAUGCGACUGAUACUGUUGGAUAUCUUCUUCAUUGUCUUCGAUUCUGCCAACCUGAGUCUCGCCUUCGCGUCCCUGUCCGAUGUCCAGGGUUCGUGUACCAAUUCCGUCAUCAACCAUCACCUUGACGCAAAGAACGACACGAUCUGUGAUUGGCAGACGGCGCUUGCGUCGGUCCUGCUCAUUGCGUUGAUCGCAUGGCUCUUAACCUUCACGAUCAGUGUAUUCCGGGUGAUUAUGGGUAAUUGGCCUCUAGCAGUCAUCCAUGCACAGUAA